AUGUUCCGCCAAUCGGGCCAGCGCCUGUGGAGGGCACUGGGCCCCCUGGCGAGGGGCGGCGAUGCCGGGGCGGGAUUUGCAACACAGUCGGCCUACCCGAUGGUCGACCACACCUACGACGCGAUCGUGGUGGGCGCGGGGGGUGCGGGGCUGCGGGCGGUGGUGGGUCUCGCGGAGCAGGGCUUCAAGACAGCGUGCAUAACGAAGCUCUUCCCCACCAGAUCGCACACUGUGGCUGCUCAGGGUGGCAUCAAUGCUGCCCUCGGCAACAUGACAGAGGAUGACUGGCGCUGGCAUGCAUACGAUACUGUUAAGGGCAGCGACUGGCUGGGGGACCAGGACGCCAUCCAGUACAUGUGCAGGGAGGCACCCAAGGCUGUGAUUGAGCUGGAGAACUACGGCCUGCCGUUCAGCCGGACCAAGGACGGCAAGAUAUACCAGCGGGCUUUCGGUGGGCAGAGUUUGAAAUUUGGGAAGGGUGGCCAGGCGUACAGAUGCGCAGCAUCUGCGGACAGGACAGGGCACUCCAUGCUGCACACCCUGUAUGGGAUGUCCAUGAAGUUUGACUGCCAAUUCUUUGUGGAGUACUUCGCACUGGAUCUUAUAAUGGACAAAGAUGGCAGCUGCAGGGGUGUAACGGCACUCUGCAUGGAAGAUGGAAGUCUGCACCGCUUCAGGUCCCACCAAACUAUCCUGGCAACGGGGGGCUAUGGCAGGGCUUACUUCUCUGCAACCUCUGCACAUACGUGUACAGGGGAUGGCAAUGCCAUGGUGAGCAGGGCGAAACUGCCACAGCAGGACCUGGAAUUUGUGCAGUUCCAUCCAACUGGCAUUUAUGGUGCUGGCUGUCUAAUUACGGAAGGGGCCCGGGGGGAGGGAGGCAUCCUGAGGAACAGCCAGGGCGAGAGGUUUAUGGAGAGGUAUGCUCCAACAGCCAAGGACCUGGCAUCCCGUGAUGUGGUGUCUCGAUCGAUGACGAUGGAGAUUCGCGAGGGCCGGGGUGUGGGCCCUGAGAAGGACCACAUCUUCCUGCACCUGGACCACCUUCCUCCAGAGAUUCUGGCAGAGAGACUGCCAGGCAUAUCUGAGACGGCUGGCAUAUUCGCUGGUGUCGAUGUCACGAAGGAGCCCAUACCCGUGAUCCCCACUGUCCAUUACAACAUGGGCGGCACGCCCACGAACUACAAGGGCCAGGUGGUGUGCCCCAAGGACGGUGACCCAGACGCCCUGGUCCCAGGUUUGAUGGCUGCAGGGGAGGUGGGGUCGGCGUCAGUCCAUGGUGCCAAUCGCCUUGGAGCAAAUUCACUCCUUGACAUCGUCAUUUUUGGGCGGGGCUGCGCUUUGACGUGCGGCGAGGUAAUGAAGCCCGGCAUGCCCCACAAGGACUUGCCGGCAGAUGCCGGUGAGCUGAGUGUCUCGCGGAUUGACAAAUUGAGGAAUGCAAAGGGCAGCCUGACCACCGCCCAGAUCCGCAAGAACAUGCAGAAGAUCAUGCAGAACCAUGCUGCAGUCUUCAGAACAUCUGAGUCGCUGAAGGAAGGCGUCAAGAAGAUUGAUGAUUGUGUCCAGUCCUUCAAGGACGUUAAGGUCCAAGACCGCUCGCUGGUGUGGAACUCCGACCUGUUGGAAACUCUGGAGCUGGAGAACCUACUGACCUGUGCGGCCAUCACCAUGCACCUCGCCGAGGCGCGCAAGGAGAGCCGCGGGGCGCACGCCCACGAGGAUUACCCCAAGCGCGACGACGAGGUAUGGAUGAAGCACUCCCUGGGCUGGUGCGACUUGGAGUCUGGGGAGGUGAAGAUCGACUACCGGCCUGUGCAUGACAAACCCCUGGACGACGAGAUGGAGCACAUCCCGCCAUUUGCGCGAGUGUACUGA